AUGCUCUUGGCCUACGUCCUCAUCUUCCUCCUCCACCUGUCCGCCUCGACCUGCUAUGCCACCAGCCGGAACCAACACCUCCUCUUCGCUGGGCGCGCCGACGACGCCACCGCUCUUUUGCCGGCGAAGAUCCAUCAUCAUCACCACCGCCACACCGCCAAGGCAGAGGUUCUGCCCGACUACAACGACGUGCGGCAUUACCACCCUAAGAUGAUGGCGCGGUGGGGAGGAGGGGCACCGCCUCGGCCGCCGUCGACGUCGCCCAGCGUGGAGUUGGCUGGCAUCGGAGGCGCGCCGCCGCCGCCCUCGUUGUCAGCCGUGGAGAUGGAGCCUAAAGGCGUCGAAGGCGCGCCAUCGCCGCCGGGGAAGCGGGACACCAGCGCGGCGUUGGAGCCGUCACCGUCACCGAUGCCAUCGCCACCACACGGCGAGGGCGCGUCGUCGUCGGAUGCCUCUGCGACGGGGCAGGAGGAGAGCGCGGCGAGCGACGACGUGGACGUGAACGCGGACUACGACGGGCCCAUGACGCACCCUCCCUCGCAUAACUAG